AAAUCAAAUUAAUUUCUGUUGUUAUACCCAGACAAUGUCUUAUAUGGCAGAGCGCGUGGUUGGCUCAGGUUCCUUUGGAGUUGUAUAUCAGGCAAAGUGCCUCGAAACGGGAGAAUCUGUUGCUAUAAAGAAAGUGCUGCAGGAUAGGAGAUAUAAGAACAGAGAACUCCAGAUUAUGCGUUUACUUGACCAUCCUAAUGUUGUUCAACUGAAACAUUGUUUCUAUUCUACCACCGACAAGAAUGAGGUUUACCUUAAUCUUGUAUUGGAAUAUGUAUCCGAAACUGUCUAUCGAGCUUCAAGGAACUAUAGCAGAGUGAACCAAUAUAUGCCCAUUUUAUAUGUGCAGUUAUAUACAUACCAGAUAUGCCGCUCGCUAAAUUAUAUACAUAAAGUUAUUGGUGUAUGCCACCGUGAUAUUAAACCGCAGAAUCUAUUGGUCAAUCCUCACACACAUCAGCUAAAGCUUUGUGAUUUCGGGAGUGCAAAGAUGUUGGUACCCGGUGAACCAAACAUAUCAUACAUUUGCUCUCGGUAUUAUAGGGCUCCAGAACUGAUCUUUGGAGCUACGGAGUAUACAACUGCAAUUGAUAUGUGGUCUGUUGGUUGUGUAAUGGCCGAGCUACUUAUAGGCCAGCCUCUAUUUCCUGGAGAAAGCAGUGUUGAUCAGCUAGUCGAAAUUAUAAAGGUAUUGGGGACGCCAACCAGAGAGGAAAUCAAGUGCAUGAAUCCCAAUUACAGUGAGUUUAAGUUUCCUCACAUCAAAGCUCACCCGUGGCACAAGAUAUUUAACAAGAGAAUGCCACCAGAAGCAGUGGAUCUAGUGUCAAGGCUGCUCCAGUAUUCACCGACUUUACGUUGCACUGCUUUGGAGGCUUGUGCACACCCCUUCUUCGAUGCUUUGAGAGAACCUAAUGCAGGCUUGCCAAACGAGCGACCGCUACCUCCUUUGUUCAAUUUUACAGCUCAAGAACUGGCUGGUGCAUCUCCCGAACUCCGACGUCGUCUCAUACCCGAGCAUGCAAAGAAGUAAACUUCUCUUGGAAAAACCGGCAUUCUCCAAGUUUUGUAAAUGGGUUUUUGGCUGAUUACCAAAAGCACACAAGAUGCUUCAUUUGGCCUUUCCUCUAAGGCCUGACCAAAAGUUAGGUUUUAGAGAAAUUGGCAAUGAUUUUCGUCAUGUACAUGUCAGAUGAAGUGAAUAGACAAAAAAUGGAAUGGGCAGUUUCAACAAAUUUGUUGUAUGUCGUCUUUGUAAAACUUCUGGUUUUUUAGCAAUAUGAUUUCAUUGUAUUAACUGGUAAUUUUUAUACUAUACAUGACUCAAAAGUAACUUUUCAGCUUUA